AUGUCGCUCAAACGAAAAGCGUCCGCUCUCGAAGAACCUGUUACCGAUCAUGCCACGAAUCGGAACCCAACAGCUGCUUCGUCAUCAUCACCAUCAUCAUCAUUAUCAUCUGUGUCGCCUACUUCGUCAUUGAGCUCGUUCUCAACGAGCUCCAGUGAGCAUAUCGGAUACCGCGAUGCCUGGCACGUCGGAUAUGUCCCUUACCUGAAUUCUCGUACUUUGAAGAGAUAUCGCGACAACCGACCCGCCCAGGACCAAAUCCACGAUCACACGCUGAAAAAGCUGUACGAAGCCCAACGGUUACACCUCGACGAGGCAAUGCCAUUGUCUGAGGCUCUACCAGAAGAGGAAGUGUCAGUUGAGGACAUUGAGAUGGAUGAUGUGCCUGUGGUUUGUUCAGGAACGGACUCUCUGAAGCAAAAAACCUUGGAGAGCUUUUUCAACAUUCAGCCCAAUACGGUCGCCGGCUAG